GGACGUGUCGUUUAAACUUACCAGUGGGUGAAGACCAUCUCACCGCGCUUCGUCUUCCUCCUUUGCUCCUAUUUCUUUAGUGUUUACCAUGACUCGCUCUCUCUCUCCUCUCUUAAUGAUUUCACGUCUUUUACCCAUCCCUUUUCUAAUGUUGUUUUCAAACAUUCCCAAUCUCGCGCGUUUCGGAACCCUAAUCUCUCCUCCCUUCAAAACCCUCGUGAAUCGCUAGAUCCGCCCUCCGUCGAGGUCGUCCUCGAUCCACCACGACGUCUGCAGCUGGAGCACUUUUGAUGAUGAGGGGUUUGGAGAAGGAGAACGACCCCACGUCCGUCGCCCCUCCAGCCGUGGCGCCGCCUUCGAAGAAGGAUCGACAUGUCGUUACUUGGACGCCUCGGGAGGAUGAUUUGCUCCGGGAGCACAUCGCUCUUCACGGAACUGCCAAUUGGAGGAGUAUCGCCGCUCUAUUCAAUGGCAAGACAAGUCGCCAGUGCCGGAGAAGAUGGUAUACCUACAUGAAUUCAGAGUGUAAGAAAGGUGGGUGGUCUGCAGAAGAGGACAUGCUCUUAUGUGAGGCACAGAAGAUUUUUGGGAACAGAUGGACAGAGAUUGCAAAGGUGGUUUCAGGAAGAACUGAUAAUGCUGUAAAGAACCGGUUCUCCACCCUCUGCAAGAAAAGGGCAAAACUUGAAGCCUUUUCCAAGGAGAAUACGAGUUCAUCAUCAGAUUUAGGUACUUCGAGGGUUAUAGUUCAAGAUAGAUAUGCUGCAGCAGCGAUGGGGGAAUCAUCAGUAUCUAAUAAGAAAAUAAGGUAUCACAUCUCUCAUCCCAAGGAGAUUGUUGACGGACAUAGGAAGCUUCCUGGGGAACAUGUAUCAGAGCAAAACCAACGAAGGCCACCUCUAGCAGCACUUGUUCAAAAUAUUAACUCUAUUAAUGGGUUGACCAACAACACAAGAGGAUCCCUUUGUGAUGCUUCCAACAAAGAUACUCAAGGCACUUUUCUCAGGAAAAACGAUCCAAAAUUAACUGCCUUGUUGCAGCAAGCUGAAUCGCUUACUUCCCUGUCCAUGAAAAUUAAUGCUGAGGAUACCAACCAGAGUUCUGACGAGGCAUGGAAGGAACUUCAAGAUUACUUGAUCCAAACUGAAGAUGGUGAAUCACUGACAAGAAGAAUAUCCAGAAUGGGUUGUAUGCCAGAUGAUCUCAGAAACUUGAUAGAAGGUGUAAAUAGCACUAAAGAAGAAGGGCAGCAGCCAGUGAGGCAAUUUGAUUCUGAUGAAGAUUCUCAAGGGAGUUCUGAGUGCAGUACAGGUUCAACCCACAAUGUGACUGCUGGGGAAAGCGGAAGCAUUCAUCAUUAUGAGGAUUGUUCACUGCACAAAGAUAAUGAGGUCAGUCAUCUUAAAGAUGAUGCUGCACAUUCCAGCAUGAACUCUUCUCCAGAGACAAUCUUAUCAUUGUCUCCAAUGCCAAAGGACGAAAUUGUGAAUGGCUGCACGAGCUCAGAAUUCACAUCUCCACUCCAGACAAUCCCACUUUUCCAAUCUUUUGCAGAUGGAAUUCCGACUCCUGUCUUUACUUCAAGUGAGAGGAAUUUCCUGCUUAGCGUGCUUGAUUUUUCAUCCAUGGGCACCAAGACCAACUCCUCUGAGCAGCCAUCUUGCAAGAAGGCGCUUCUUCAUAGCUUCAAGCCAUCCUAGUACGUGAUUUAGAAGGUCCUACCCUAUUUCUUAAAGCGUUUUACUUUGGAAUUGAGAAAUUCUUCCUCUCCUCCCUUGACGAUUCAGUUAUUUCUGAAUUUAGACGUCAUAUGUCCCAGAAAAAAGUAUACAGAUUCUUGCUUAGUUCCUUCUUCCGUUCUUUUAACUUAAGUUGCAGCUUUGUCCUGUUUUUAUCAUAGGCACUUUUUGAGUCUGCACAUACAAAAUAGGUGUGUCCUCACUGGUGCAUUGCAAUGUCACCGGCUUUUCCAUCACCAAGCUGUGGUACUGCUUGGUUGCAUACGUGUACAUGCACCAACUAUAAUGGUGCUCAUUUACCAUUCUUUUUCUGAAAGGGUGUAUUUAGUAUUUCCGGUGUUUGCUUUAUUGUUCAUGUAUAAAAGGUCAUUAUUGUGUACUGUACAAGCCAUAUUUACCACAACAUAAGGUCAGUCAGAUAUUCUCUUUCUUUGGUUUGGUGUGCAAGUCAGAAUAAGAAACAUGUCCUUGGUUGCAUGAGUCCCCUAUUACCUUUUCUUCCCUCGUCUGCUUAAUUGAUGGGGCAGGUAUGAGUCCUAGAUUUGAUUUUCGUGUGGACCUUUUUCUUUUUCCCUUCUUUCUCAUAUGUAUGUACUUUGUCCCAUGUAUGCAUAUCAUAUGGCAAUGAAAUAUAUGGUUCUUCAA